CGGCCGUUUGAUUCAGUCAUAGACGAAGAAAAAAGAGAGUCAUCUUCGGAGCACGAGACUCAAGUAUCCAACAUCCGGUGGCAUCUAGCAGAAGGUGGUUUCGAGGAGUUCAAGCUGUUGGAGAGGCUUGGGGAAGGGAAAAAGGCAACUGCCGUUAUAGGAGAGGUGGCGGAUGAGCUGGGGACGGAGCUGGUAGUGAUGAGCAUGGAAGCCAUCCACUCCAAGUUCAUCGACGCCAAUUUGCUUGCUGAGUUCAUCCCCUGCCCCGUCCUCCUCUUGCCCUUAUGAAUUAUUAUUAUUA